AUGGCCAGCAAUGACCCUUCAGAAUCACAAGCCAGCCCUGGCAGUAUGAGUCCUGGCGACCGCUUGACUCCCCCGCGUGUUGAGCACUACGAUGGAGAAGUCCCUCCGGCGCUUUCACCUCUGGAUGCCUUUGCCGCUCAAGGUCGACUCCUAGCAAAGCAAUUCGAUCAGUCGAGGAAAGCUGGUCGGCGGAUGAGUCGCAUUCCACCAGCAAGCGUUGCCCGAUCCCUGUCUCGACCGCGACCAGGCUACUUUCGAUCGGCUUCUGACGAGAGACGGCGCGACAAUGCGAAGGCGCCUGUGAAUCCUGCCACUCGAGAGCAUAACAAUCCGUCAGUGGAGGAACCUAAAGUCAGGCCUCAGUCUCAGCACCCGCGGUUAAGUGGUGUGCCCACUAGCUAUGAGGGAAGAGAUCCGCGAUCAGGCGAGAGAAAUGCUGCUUACAGCCGUUCUAAUUCGAAGGAGCACUUUGCUGAAUUCCCAGACGAGUAUAGUGAAUUGGGCUCAAGCAUGGAUACCACUAGUCCAGGGCGUGAAAAAAAACCGCUGAUUGGAAUUGGAGUGACCGUAUCAAAAAAGAAAUCACUGAAUGGUUCUCCGUCGAGGUCCAAGUCUAACACACUCGCGCCUCCAAUUUACUUGCCGAGAUCAGCCAGCAGUCCAGGUUUCUCACACCUAGAAAGCUCCGACGAUGACUACUAUCCCAGUUCCAAUGCAGGCUCUACUUUUUCCAAGCCAAGGAAACUGUCGUCGAGUAGUGGUGUUUCUAUGCCUCACUCGCCAAUGUCCAACUUCACUCGCCCACAUCCACGCUCGCCGUCACCAGCAUCGGAAAGAUCCACGCCUUACAAUCUUCAGCGGCCUUCAUUCAACUUCUCUAGGCCUUUAAGUAGAUCUAGCACGAGCGUAUCGCUUCCUUCACCAUUGACUCCGGAAAUGAAGCCUCCCAUCGAACCACCACCUCGAAAUAAGGCCCGAGAAAAUCGACCUGCACCCAUCAAGAUUACAGAACCGUCUCCGUUAGCACCCGGAUCCACCGAUGAACCUCCCACUUCCGCUACCUAUACAUACGCAAAAUAUUCGCUUCCUCGUGGGAGAGAGCUUUCCAGAGACUCAAUCGUUUUCUCUGGCUUACAAACCCCCCAUUUCGAAUGGCAAGAGCCUCUUUUUGAGUCUCCUCCAACAAGUGCUAUUCGCGAGAAUUUCGAGCGGACGCCAUCUCCACCUCCAACAAGAGCACAGCCGCCUACGUCCUCACCAAAAUCACAGAAGGCUUCCCCGGCAAAAAGUGUCCAUCAUAUGGGCCAAUCACUGCCAGCCCCAGUGCGACGCUCGUUUGAUGAUAAGACCCAAGAGGUGCUGACAUUGAGAACACCCAGUAUUGGCGCCAAACAAAUGCCAAACUCCGCUGAUCAAGACGACGCUAAAUCUACCUCUGCACGUAGCACCAGCACCCUUCGUCCGCAUACCAGUCAGAAGGAAAGCAAACCUAACGAAAGCGAUGAUGCUCCCACUGAGUUAACUGCAGAUGACUAUGUCGCCAAAGGGAUCGCCUGCCAUGAAAACGGAUCGUUCAAGGAAUCAACAUAUUAUCUACGACUGGCAGCGUUGCAAAACCACCCAACUGGGAUGCUUAUGUACGCAUUGGCUUGCAGGCAUGGAUGGGGUAUGCGCCAGAACCAGCAAGAAGGCGUUGAAUGGCUGCGAAAGGCGGUAAAUUCAGUUGCAGAUAUUACCCAGGAGGUAGAUGCCGCAAACUUGCAGCUCAAGGGAAAAGCUCUCCAAGAACAAAAAGCCCGCCAGGCGCAGUUUGCCCUUAUUAUCUACGAGCUUGGAGUCAGCCACCUCAACGGGUGGGGUGUCGAUCAGGAUAAGAUUCUAGCACGACGGUGUUUUGAAAUUGCAGGUCAAUGGGGCGAUGUCGACGCCCUGGCGGAAGCUGGAUAUUGUUUUGCGGAGGGUAUUGGUUGCAAGAAAGAUUUGAAGAAGGCAGCCAAAUACUAUCGAAUGGCCGAAGCGAAGGGCAUGAGCGGAGUUGGGAUUAGCUGGAUAUACAAAGACAAAUACAUGAGCGACGACGAGAAGCCCGUACCUCGCAAUGCGAGUGUGAAGUCGACAGCACCCUCAGAGAAGAAGCCGCUUCGGAACAAGUCCCGAACCAGAUCAAUCUUUGGUCGGAAAAAGUCGAGCGCUCACGAUGGUUGA